AUGGCUAAUUGGCAACUGGGAGCUGGAAUGCUUGCCUUGGGCCUAAACUGGUGGCAUACUCUACUUGCUACCUUGGUAGGUCACAUCGUCGCCGCCGGGCUUGUCGUCCUCGUCAGCUAUCCUGGUCUUGAAUACCACAUCUCCUUUCCUGUAGCCUCUCGAAUUGGCUGGGGUUUUUUCGGAGCCGUCUUUGUCGUGCUCAACCGCAUCGUUCUUUCGGUCAUCUGGUUCGGCGUUCAAUCAUGGAUGGGAGGCUUGGUCACUUACGUCUGCCUCAGGGCUAUAUGGCCCAGUAUUGACAAUAUCCCCAACACGAUCCCAGCAAGUACCGGGAUGAACUUGCCUCAAUUUGUCGGCUUUAUAGUCUUCUUCGUCAUUCAGUUUCCGUGCCUCUUCCUUACACCCAAGACUCUCCGAUGGCUCCUGCAGAUUGGAUCUUGGACCGGCUUCGUUGUUCAGCUCGUGCUUGUGGCAUGGGCAUGCUCAACAAUGGGCUCUGGUGGGUUCGGUUCGGUUCUUUCGUCGGCACGCGCCUCCUCGCUUUCCAGUAAGCAGCUCGGCUGGCUCUUUGUCUACGCCAUGUCCUUGACAAUGUCGAGUAUCACGAGCGGUACCCUGAGCGUAUGUGACUACACUCGCUUUGCCAAGCGGCCUUCAUCAGGAACGUGGCCUCAGCUCGCCGGUUUUUUUCCAGCGUGGAUCUCCAACCUCUUUGGAGUUUUGACCGUUGCUGCGACCCAGAACCGAUUUGGUGCAGAGCUUUGGAGCCCCGCGGGGCUGUUGAUGGCCAUGCAGCAAGCCAAUCCGACCUCGGCCACUCGUGCAGCUGUUUUCUUUGCGGCAUUCGGAAUGGGCAUCUCACAGCUUUCCCUUAACAUCAUUGGAAACUCUUUCUCUGGUGGUACUGACAUGGCGGCUCUGUUGCCACGCUUUAUCAACAUCCGCCGAGGCCAGAUCCUCACCGCUAUCUUGGGACUGGCCAUUAACCCUUGGUACCUCCUUAGCGGGGCUACUGUAUUUCUGAGCACCAUGUCAUCUUACACCGUGUUUCUGCAGCCGUUUCUUGGCAUCCUCGUCGGGCAUUAUCUCGUCAUACAGAAGCGCAAGCUUCGUGUGAUUGAUCUGUAUCGUCUAGGAUCCGAUUCAAUCUACUUCUACAGCUUUGGAAUCAACUACCGAGCUGUAAUCGCGUGGAUUGCGGGGAUGGCGCCUCAUGUGCCUGGAUUCCUCAGCGUAGUUAACCCGCAUAUCAAGGUCUCAGAAGGUGCUAUGUACAUGUAUUAUUUGAACUCGCUUACCGGAUUCGUUUUUGCCUUUGCCGUCACGAUUCUGUUGGACUUCAUCUCUCCAGUUACCCAGCAAAAAGAAUUCAUUUCCUCCGUAACGAGGAACGAGGCGAUGAAGGAAUACGAGGAAAACCACGACCCGCUUGUUAUCAAUGCGACAUCAGUAAUGAAGCGUGAGGAGUGCGAACCGCAGUCAAAUCUACCUUGCUCGAAAGAGCUCGUCUAG